AUGAGCACUUCCAAUUUGGUCGCAGAAUCAGUUUGGGAGGCCAUUGGGUCGACCCGUUCAGUCACGGAUGAUCAGCUGUCCAUAUUACAUUUUAUAUAUGGGAAGAAUUUCGAGAAAGCCACUAGGAUUUUUGAUCAAAAGGGAGUCAAGAGGAUUUCCGGUGAGCCCAGUGGCCUAUUCAUUUUUCAGGUUGUGGGAGAAUCUAGGAGAAAGGAAGAGUACUUGUGCUUUGGGGAACACUAUUGUGCUUGUUAUUCAUUCUUCUAUGACAUCGUAAACAAAGGAGAAGAACUUUGUUGUAAGCAUCAACUGGCUGCAAGACUUGCAGCCUCAACUGGGACGUGCAUUGAAGUUAGAGUUUCUGAUGAGGAAUUGGCCUUAUUGUUAGCGGACCUCUGA